GUUCUCUAGCUGUGUCCUUUAACCCCCUUCUCUCUUUUUAGCCAAGUUUGAGAACAAGUUGUAGUUUCUUACAUAUCCAUUUCGCAUCAUGCCUGCUUUUCGGAGCUUUAGGAGUUACUUCAGCAUGGUGUGAGGCCUCAGUGCCAUGCCAGAGAAAUCUCAAAGCAUGGCCCAUGACGUCCCGAUGGGUGAAGAAUCGCCUCGAUUGUCCAUCGCCUCUCUUGGCAGUAAUGACCGCUCCUCCAUUACUACGCUGUCUGAUUGCUCUGACUUCACAGACGUCCAGAGGCCCGUAAGCGUAGUCUCCAACAUAUCAUCUGGGUCCGGUUCCUCUCGGGACGACGUUCCCUUGUCAGGUGUUGUGUCCGCUGCUGUACCAAUCGAGGACAAUGUGGAUCUAGAGCUGACACCUGCUGCCAAUCCGACUGAACCUAAUCUUACCCAAACAUCCAGUCACUUCCUCCAGCAAAACAGCAGCAACACUGUUAACAACAAUACCAGUUUCUCUCCAUUUGCUGCCAACACCAUGGCACCCAACCCCGAGCUCACCUACUUGGACCGUGUGGUUAUGGAGAUCAUUGAGACCGAACGAAUGUAUGUGAGAGAUCUGCGGAGUAUUGUUGAGGACUACCUUGCUCAUAUUAUAGAUACAGGAGAUCUUCCGAUCAAGCCAGAACAGGUGUGUGCCCUAUUUGGAAACAUAGAGGACAUCUAUGAAUUUAACAGUGAGCUGCUUCAGUCACUGGACAUGUGUGACAGUGAUCCUGUGGCCAUUGCCAGAUGCUUUGUGAUUAAGAGUGAAUAUUUUGACAUCUACACACAGUAUUGUACCAACUACCCAAACUCUGUGGCUGCUCUAACAGACUGCAUGAGAAACAAAACUCUUGCUAAAUUCUUCAGGGAGAGGCAAGCUACUCUAAAGCGCUCGCUGCCUCUGGGAUCUUACCUUCUCAAGCCUGUCCAGAGGAUCCUCAAAUAUCAUCUGCUACUUCAGGAGAUUGCCAAACACUUUGAUCCACAGGAGAAUGGAUACGAGGUGGUGGAGGAGGCCAUAUACACCAUGACUGGUGUUGCGUGGUAUAUAAAUGACAUGAAGAGAAAACAUGAGCAUGCAGUACGUCUUCAGGAGGUCCAGUCUCUGCUUAUAAACUGGAAAGGGCCUGACCUGACUACAUAUGGAGAGCUGGUUCUAGAGGGCUCUUUUCGCAUCCAUCGAGCGAAGAAUGAGCGCACACUCUUUCUCUUUGACCGCAUGCUCCUCAUCACCAAACGAAGAGGAGAACAUUAUGUCUAUAAGACCCACAUCUCGUGCUCCACGCUAAUGUUGAUUGAGAGCGCCAAGGAUUCACUAUGCUUUAGUGUUACUCAUUACAAGCAUCCCAAACAGCCACAUACUGUCCAGGCUAGAACGUUGGAGGAGAAGAAAUUAUGGGCUCAUCAUAUUAAACGUCUCAUUAUAGAAAACCAUCAGGCUGUGAUACCACAAAAGGCAAAGGAAGCCAUUUUAGAGAUGGAUUCAAUAUACAAAAAGUAUAGGUACAGCCCUGAAAGACUCAAAAAGUCUGUGUCAUGCCAGUCAGAGGAAUUUUCCAACUUUAGACAAGGCCUGAAGCAGCCAGAAGCAUCUAAAGAAGCUUUAAAGAGCACUAAAGCAAUGCAGAAGCAUUCUGACAUUGAGGCUCCGAUGGAGGCUGACAAAUGGCCACUACAGGCCACUGAUAGUGUAAGCUCUGCUGAUCUUGGCUUAUGUGAGUCUUCAGCUGAAGAGACUGAUGCACAAGAAGAAUACUCUCUCAAAGCCUUUAUACCCGGUGAUAAUGAGGAGCCAGUUCAUAUAAUGCCGUCUGUGAAGGGCAGAUUGAUACGUGAGGAUGAAGAUGAAGCAGAAGCGGGGGAAAGUGACUCCGACAAUAUUCUAAUGGAGGACAACCAGGUAGCUGACUUUGCCAGUUCCAUGUUGGCUGCCAUUUCCUGCUGGCACUAUAGAGCCAGAGCUUUGCUUUCCAUGGACUUCGCAAUGGAGGAAGAGGGGUGUGCGUUCCCUGAGAAUACUUUCAAAAAAGAAAACAAGCCAUCAGCUGAACAGGUCAAAGCAUGUCUGAAGGAUGAAAAAUGCAUCUUUGAACAGGACAAAUCACAACAUUUGAAAAUGACCUCUUGCUGGGGAACCACUGACAAAACAAAGGAAGACACCUUUUGUGAUCCAGAGCCCAUAGAUGUACAUCAACAUGUCCUAGAUAUUCGGGAGAUGGAGUCUGCAAUAGACCAAGAUGAUCUGAAAGGUCCUAAAAAAGAGAGAGAGGCGAGGAAGUCUUUUUUACAUCAAAAUGACACCCCUGGCGAAUCCUCAGAGGAUGAAGAAGACACAGAAGAGAAACCAGGCUCGACCAGCAUCCUACCAUCAUCUGUGCUCGAUCAGGCCAGCGCCAUUGCUGAACAUUUUGUCUGUACUGCGAGGCGUAUUAGCAUCAGCACAGAUGAUGCACGCUCCCCCGGUUGCCCAUCGCCACAUCUUCCCAGCAGGACAGGCAGCACUCUAAGUCUUCGAGAUCCUCUUGAACACCAACAUCGCCUGACUAGCACCUACUCUGAUUCAUGUGAAAGUCCUUUGACCCAGGAAAAUCUUGCAUCCGUAGACUUCACGAUUGGGUCGUCAGUAGAAGAUGGUCUUUUUGACUGUGAUAGAAGCAUCUGCAGAAGAAGGGAUUCGGUUCUAUCCACACAAGAUCAACUACUCAUCAGCAAGAUCAGGAGUUACUAUGAGAAUGCUGAACACCAGGAUGCUACGUUUAGCUUGAAGCGCAGAGAGAGCCUCAGUUACAUUCCAAGUGGGCUUGUUAGAAACUCCGUUAGUCGUUUAAACAGCAUUCCUAAAGAUAAAGGUCUUGCCCUAGAGACAACAGUCAGAACAUUUGAACCUGAUAAAGAUUGUGCUUCGUCCAUGCAAUCUCUAUUUGACACCACAGCUCUAUCAGAAGCCACUUCGAGUGCAAAUUCAUCCCGUCAGGAACAACCUGUUGUCAGCGCUUCCACAAAUCCCACAGGGUUCAAUGUAGAUGGUUCUGUGAAACCUCAGUCUACCUAUAUUCAAGCUGAGAGUGAACAGAACGAGGUUUUCCAUCCCUCCUCUGAGAUGAUCAAAGUAUGGCAAGAUAUGGAAAGAGAGGUCACUAGAUGUCAAGGAGACGUCAAAGCACUGGUGCCCAGAGGAAAUCCUUAUUUCAGAGGGAUCUGUCCCAACCUUAUCAGGAGGGAUCCAAACCAGGACGAAAAGACUGAAGCCAAAGGAAACAAAGGACUGAUUGCAUUUGAAGAUUCAGAUUUGAGCACUAUCAAAGAAGAGUCCUUCACACCAUCACCGUUAAUAGAAAAAGAAAACAGUGAAGCCAUUAGUAGGAAUGAUGCCAUCAGACAAAAACAAUGGCAGAAAGAAGGUAGACUCCUUAGCGCUCUAGCCCCCAGAGUCAUCCAGUUAAGAGCAGAAUCUGAAUAUGAGAGAGGCACAGGAGCUCAGUCAGCUGAAGAUGGAGAUUCAGCCCAAAGCAAGGUUUUAAAUCUUGCAAGGAAAUACAGUCAGCGCAUCAAGUGCACUCAACCCAUGCUGAGACAGAGGAGUCAGGAGUCAGGAGAAACAGGGUUGACCAAGAGGAACAUGCUGUCGGUGGUGGAUGAAAAGCCAGAGGAGGUCAAAGGUAAACCAGACUCAAUGCCGUCCAUGGCUCCAUAUGAUCAGGCUGAUCGUGAUAGAGACCAGGAGGCGCAGCUUAUGCCUCUCAGCCCAGCUCGCAGUCCUACACCACCCGAGAAGUUCAACUGGCCAGAUGUCCGGGAGCUUCGCUCAAAAUAUGCACACCUAGACAACCCGUCUUCUCAGCCAGCAGUAGCCCAAAAUCAGUCUGCAGCAGACAGGAUGUUUGACCGCAGUUCUACACGACGUUCCAGCUGCUCUUCUAGCCACUUAAUCACUUCUAAUGGCUCCUCGGAUUGUUCGUUUCAAACGGUCUACAAUGGAAAAAAUACAGAACAAUUCCCAACUCGGACACAGCGUGCUGGCUCUCUUGACCAAAAAUUGGGUAGUUUGUACUUGAGAGAUCUGCAUAUUCUUCAGAGUACAGAUGCCAGCAGUGGCUACUAUGUCUCUGCUCAAGCUACGCUCCCAAAUGAGAAGAAUAUAAUUGUGAUUGAGAAAGUUCCCGAGGUUCCACCGGCAGUAGAGAUCGACUUAUCUACGAAAGAGGGCAAGAAACCGGAAUUAAUGGAUGAUGAUGGCUAUGUCCAAAUCCGUUCACCAACUUCUCACGAGAAGAUCUCAAUCAAGGCUGUCAUCGACCGCUGUCGAGCGUAUCAGGACUCAGAGGAAUACCGUCUAAGGGAGGAAGGUGGAUGUAAGACAGAAAAGUUGCCCAAGACUGAGUGUUGCAAAAAAGUAGAGAAAGCCUCAUCCUGUAGUGAACCAUCAGAUGAUGCUGUGGCUUCUGGAAAAAAGGCCGAUUCUAGUCAGCACAGCGUUGUUAAGAAUCUUAGAGACAAAUUUCAAAACAUAAGAUAAGAUGUGUUGUUUUAAAGCAUCUCUGUUUUAUUUUUCAGUGUGCUAAAGACUUGUGCAAUACUAUUGAUUCAUUAAUAUACUUCUUUAUGCCCUCACCACUGAAGGUAUAUUUAUCAGCAGUUAAAUCCUUGUGCAAAUGUAAAUCCCUCAAAAGUAACAUCCAUUACAUUUUGCAUGCUGUUUAACAGG